AUGUCCAGGCAGAGUACUGAAAAAGAGCUGCCCAGCAGCUCCUUUGUGGAGAAAGCCACCUCAGGCUUGGACGCAGAUACCUUGGACGUCGGCCAGCACAUCCAAAAACUUGCCGACGAGUGUCCGCCCUUUUAUCGCAACCGGAAUUUGUUCAUCCUGUACCUCCUCAUGAUUCCAGGAUGCUUGGUUCCUGCAAUCACCCUUGGUUUUGAUGGUGCCAUGAUGAAUGGUCUGCAGGCGGUGCCCAGUUGGGACGUUUAUUUCAACAAACCUCGAGGGAGUCUCCUUGGUAUCAUGUCUGCCAUUCUGCCCCUUGGCUGUGUUCUUACCACACCUUUCAUCUCCAUCGUCGGCGAUCGCUGGGGUCGACGGACCGGUAUUUUCGUUGGCUCUAUCAUCAUGGCGGCUGGUGGAAUUAUACAGGGGACCUCUGUUCACAUCGCCAUGUUUAUGAUAUCUCGCUUCAUCAUUGGAAUCGGCAUCGUUUUUGCCAACGCAUUCGCCCCCAUGCUUAUCGGUGAAUUAGCCCACCCCAAAGAGCGUCAGGUCAUCACCUCGCUGUACCAGACCUCUUGGUACAUCGGUGCCAUUAUCGCUGCCUGGACCACUUUUGGCACCUUCAGCAUACCCAACAACUGGUCCUGGAGAAUUCCCUCUCUCCUGCAAGCCGCUCCUGCUUUCUGCCAGAUAUUGGGGGUUUACUGCCUGCCCGAGUCCCCCCGCUGGUUGAUUGCCAAAGGUCGCGCUGAGGAAGCCAAGGCUGUGCUGGUUAAGUAUCAUGCCAACGAUGAUGUCAGCAGUGAGUUUGUCAGUCUCGAGUUUGACCAGAUGCGCGAUAUCAUCGAGGCAGAGAUCAACAAUGAAACCGGCUGGUCGGCUUUCUUCACCACCCCCGGAAACCGUAAGAGGCUGCUAAUUAUCAUCUGUCUCGGCGUGUUUUCGCAGUGGUCAGGCAAUGGACUGGUUUCGUACUACCUUGUUCGAGUCCUGGAGACUGUGGGUGUUACUGAGACCCGACAAAAGAACAUCCUCAAUGGUUCAUUGAUGAUCUUCAACUGGGUCACGUCGGUGGCUUCUGCCUUCCUCACUGCCCACAUCAAACGCCGCACCCAAUUCCUCAUCUCUGGCUUUGGCAUGCUGGCCGUCUUCGCUGUCCAGACUCUCUGUGCCGCUUUGUUCAACGACUACGGUAACGUGACCGCUGGACACGUCGUCAUAGCCAUGCUCUUCCUAUUCUACUUCUUCUUCAACUUGGCCUUUAAUGCGCUUCUUUACUCGUAUCCCGUCGAAGUCCUUCCGUACCCCAUGCGUGCCAAGGGAUUUUCUCUUCUCAUGCUUUUUGGCAAGGCCAGCAAUUUCAUCAACAUCCUGGUCAACCCAAUCGGAUUACAGGCAAUUGGUUGGAAGUUAUACUUGGUUUACGUGGCCUGGCUUUGCGUCGAGGUUGUCGUUAUUUGGAGGUUCUUUGUUGAGACAAAGGGUCCCUCGCUUGAAGCAAUCGCUGUCCUCUUUGACGGCGAGCAUGACAAGUCUAAAAAUGAGAAGAAAGAGCCUACAGAGAAGGAGGAGAAGGAGGCAUAG